AUGUAUGUGUUCAAUUUUGAGAAUGUUGACAGUAACGAUAAAGUCCUUGUUCAAUUUCCGCGGCCUAUGGGUAGUGAAAUGCUCUUUCUUAGACCAUGGAGUCCUGAUCUAGAUCUGCUGAAAGAGGAUUUUAAAGCAGUCCCUGUUUGGAUCCGUCUUCCAGGAUUGAAGCUGCAUUACUAUACGAAUGAAGCUCUCAGUAAAUUUGUUAGUUUUAUUGGUCGCCCCCUUCACAGUGAUCAGCACACAGCCCUACAAACUUCGGAUUCUUUUGCUAGUGUUGAAUUAUCAGUUGAAUCUUUGAGACCUUCUUGUAUUCCUUUUGUGGAUGAGAAAGGUGAAUCUGUAUCUCAGGUGAUUGAAUAUGAAUGGAUUCCCUCUUCUUGUGAGAAGUGUAAAUGCUUUGGGCAUUCUUUGAACAAAUGUCCUUCAUUACCAAGAGUUGACAAAAGGUGGGUUCCAAAAGUGGUGCAGAAUGACAAUAAGGUGCAGGAAACAGAAUGCAAGCUGGAUAAAGGUGAAUUAUGCAUAGUAACUAACAAAAUGGAGGAUAAUGAAGAGGCUGCUGUUACAGUGGAAAAGGAAAAUUUGGCUUCUAAGCCUAUUGAGGAACAAAGUACAGAGAUAUCUGAACUAGCAAUGGAGAAAGAGUUAUUUGAUGGUCUAUCCAAUCAGAAUUCUUCGUCAACUCAUAAGGAUACUUUGUCAAGCACUUCAAAUAUCCCUAUUAAAGGUAUUGAGGUUGUUCUUCCUAUUGAGAAUAUUUUCUCCCCCUUGAUGAAUAUGGUUGUUAAUAAUGGGGAAGCUAGGAAUUCUGGCAUUGUUAAAGGUGUCAAGCAAAAAGCAUGGGGUAAGAACACUGCACUUUCCUUGCAUAAAUGA